GUUGCAGAUCUAAAACAAAGAAGCACUUAGCAAGAAAAGCAUCUUUGGGAGUUUCCUUUUUCUUCCUGGAUUGGAUUUUACGUGGAUCAGUCGCUCGUGCAACUCUCCUUGCCAUGUCUUCAUGGAAGAGAAUAAUUCUGCGUGGUAGACAACCGCUUUCCGUCCAAAAUUACACCUAAGGACUCGCACAUGCACAUAAAACACAUGCUAGGGUGAAAUGAUCCAUGCUUCUUGCGCAUUUCGCUUCUUCAUCCUGGAGUCCGGUGUGUGUUCUUGGAUCUAACAGCCUAAGCAUCCUUCAAUGAUUCCGGCACCUUCCGUUCCAUCCGCGUCUGUCCUGAGAUGCCCCGCCGUACACAGCAAGAGGAGGUUUGACCACAGACCCAGCGAGGUCUCUCGGCUGCCCAGGCGUAUUUAAGAUGUUGAACCCUUCCCACGUGGCCCGAGCCCCAGAUCGGAUCAGUAGCACUGCGGCUCCCAGAGGCCCCAGACAUGGAUCGUGGCUCGGCUCGCCCCUGCCCUCAGCGCUCCGCACCCCGGCCCGUGAGCAGCCUGUGAAGGAUGUCCCAGAGCGGAGCUCCAGCCCGGGAACCCUCUGAGACCCCCAGUCAGAAAGAACAGAUCCGCAGCCACAUGAAGAUGGUGAUCAAGCAGCUGGAAGGAAUCCUCAAGGAGCUGAAAGAUGUGGCACAUGAACUGCGGGAGGUGGUGGGUCAGAUCGACAAACUCACAUCAGAUUUUGACCUGGAGCCCGACGACUGGACGGUGGCGACGGCGAGCAGCACGUCGAGCAGCGAGCGUGGCUUGGGUGAGGCUUUCAGACUGGACUUCCUCAGCCAGGACAUGCUCUCCGACGGCUGGGACUUCUGCAACUUCCUAGAGGCCUCCAACCGGAAAGCACAGCGAGAGGAGACGGAUGAGGGCCAAGGGAGGCCGUCAUCGUCCACCGCCAGCGUCUACUCGCAGAUGAACGGGGGCCUCCCCGUCCCCAACGGGCCCCUAAUCAUCACCCCGGACUCCUCCAGCGAAGAGGCAUCCAGCUCCACGCACAGCCAGAAAACCUCCCGCACAUCCGGCACCAGAGAACGCGUCCGCUUCAGCGACAAGAUCCUCUACCAUGCCUUGUGCUGCGACGACGACGAAGAUGAAGACGAGGAGGAGGACGGUGGCGCCGAGGAGGACGAUAAAGGGGACUGUGGGACCCCAGACACAGACAGCGAGCCCAGUCCUCUGGCCUGUUCGCCCGCUGAACACCCGCCGGGUGUCUAUAACUGUCGAGAAACGGCGUCUGCGGGGCCCUCUCCUGUGAAGAUGCCAGGGAUGGGCUCUCACACUUUACCCAGGAAAGGUCUUCUCAACCCCAAAAAACUGCUACGGAACAGCAGCACACAGACGGUUUCGGAUAAGAGCACUCAAACUGUACUGCCCUACGUCCCCGCCAAACAGAAAAACAAGGACCUCUGAGAGAACAGCCGAAUUUACAUAAACAAAACACCAACGGACUGAGACAGGAUUACAAAGAACUGUAUACUAUUUAAUAUUAAA